UCGGUCACUGGCUCGGUCCUCGUGCAUGCUUGCUGGACCGAGCGAUCAGAGCGAAAAGCGUGCUUACUGCGGCUGCUUCUGUGCGUAGUCCUAACACGUUCUCGACCGUUGCUCGACCUGCGGGCUCCAGGCCGUAGCCAGCCGGUUGCGUAAUCUCCGGGAGUGCUCGAACUUUGACCCUCCGCGCGUGAGCACUGAGUUCGCCGGGUUGGAUCGGCGGCGGAGGGCAUGCCAGCGGACGAAGGGGACAGCGGGAUAGACGCCAUGAGUUUGCCGGAGAGUCGCGAAACGUCGCCCAAAAUGUCCAAGCGAGACCUCGACGUCGCCGUGCCGACCACGAGCAGCACGACCGAUGCUGUAGCCAGCGUUGAGGAAGACGACGACCUCGAUCUGGACGAGACGCUGUAUGAGCGACUGUGGGGCCUCACAGAGAUGUUUCCCCCGAAGCUGCGCCGGGGGGUGUACGAUCUGGCCCACUUCUCGUUGGGUUCGGCCAAGGGCCUGUACGGCUUCGGCCGCUCGGCCUUCUGGAUCAUCUUCUCCUCGUCGGCCAUCCUCUUUGCACCCGUCAUCUUUGAGCUGGAGCGGCUGCAGGUGGAGGAGAUAAGCCGGCAACAGCAGCGCCAGAUUCUACUGGGUCCAAGUGCAGCUGUGUCUGGUGGUGCACCGCCUGGCUUGAUGCCUCCAAUGGCCCCCGGACCACAGCAACGGAGGUAAAGUCCUGAUGUAGAACCGAUAGCAGUGACAGCAAAAUCAAGUGGCUCUUGGUGGAGUGUGCAAGGUCGAAGACGUGCUUUCCAAUGAACUGGCUCUCACACAUUUGCCAAGCACUGCUUCAGUCACCGGGAACGUCUGAAAUGCAGCACUGUCGUCAUUUUCUUCUCCCCCCCCUUUUCUUUUUUUGAUAGACAGUGCAGCUGUGUGUUACUUUUUUUAUUAUUAUUUCUUGUUUAGUUCAUCUCGCAGCGGCACCAAAGGUGGAAGAAGUUUGCAAGUGCCACUGCAACUAUUUCAGGUGUAAAUACAUCCUUUAGCCUGGUUGACACUGUCAUUGAAACAGAUUGUUCUUGUGCAGUUCACUGUUGGGGCAUCUCUGGCUGCCUGGUAGUUGCCGAUGUGGCAGUUUAGGGUGGUUGAAUAAAAGAAGCUACUAUUUGCUGAAAACUGGAAGUGUUUCUCACUUCGUGAGGCCAUAGUGUCGAUAUCAAAAGGACAAGGCAGUAUUGCUCAAGUGCUCCCAGAAACCUAAUUUGAAAGAAAAAUCACAAGAAGUUAUAUUAAUCUGCUAUAAUAAUCUGUACCUUGUCAGACGUUGUAUUGCACAGGCUGUUUCAUUCGAGCUAGUUUUUUUUUUUUACAGUCAUAAUGUACGGGUGCUUACAUGUGUUUCACUGGAAUGUGGCAAAAAGCUGUGGAAUGUGAACCUUCCUUAAGUGCCACCUGUGUAUUCCAGCAGCAGGUUUUUCAUGUCUAUGGCGAAAAAAAUAAGUGGAUCCCACAUACCAUGGGAAUCUGUUUAAGCAAAGCUUUCAUUGGUGUUUUCUAGAAACUGUAUUCAUUUGAAACCUGUGCGUUCGCGUUCCAAGCCAUUCCGUGCAGCAUGUUGAUGUUGUUCCGCUUCGCGCUUCUGGGUGAAACGCUACCGUGCUCCUCAGUGUUCGUCACUGCCACUCGGCCGGGCUGCACUUUGCAUUUGCAACAUUGCAUGCACUUGCACUUUCUAAGCCACACUUCACUAUGUAUUGAAGACGUUUCUGCUCUGCUUAGUCUCCUGCGCACUCACACGCUUUGUCCUUCAAAUCAAAUAGUCACUAUUUGUAAGUACGAAUAGUUUUUGAAUAUUUUAAUUCGUCAACUGUGCACAAUCAAGCAUGAAAUUGUAGCUAAAGUAUGAGAAAUUUCAUACCAGCGCUAUAGUAGACGAAACACAAGAAUUUACUUGGUGGAGCACACUGUGUUGGUCAGGGAGCCAAACUCUUCUGGCUAAACUGCCCUCAUUCGCACACACCAAUGUGUCCCGAGUAUGCAAAAGAACUGCUUAUUUACUCAUGUUCCAUUUGUGUUUUUAUUAAACAGCGCUUCGUUACGUGCAGUGUAAUGACAAAAGCUUAAUACCAUUGUGAAUAAUACACUAGUAACUAGUAUAUUGAAGAUCGUUUUAUACGAAUGGUAAAAAUUACCUUUUUAGUUUGCAUUGAAUAUUCGAUUUGCUUCUGGCACUAUUAGAUUCAUAUUCGAUUUCUUCUUGGAAAUUACUAUUCUUGCAGCCCUAUUCAUUUUGUUUGAGUUCGAGCUUGCGUCUGCCAGACCAUCUCAGUUUGCUGCACAAUCUCUAGGCCUAUCUGUCGUGCAAGACGGCAGCCAGCACCAGCAAAGUGGAAAAAAGAUGCAAGGAAAGCUUCAUUUAAAGAAAAAGAAUAUUACAAGGUGCUAAUGUGGAAGGGUGGCCAGGUAUAAUAUGUGUAUAACUUGGGAGACAGUGAUGUACCUUCAGAGGCAUUAGAGCGCAUUGAGGGUUGCGCCUAACACCUACAAUUUGUGCACUGCAGUAUUAGUACAACUCUCAACGUGGCUCUGCCAGUACCUGCAGUCAUGGCACAAGUUCUCCUCUGAUUUUAAAGUCUAGCUGAAAAGUUCCAAAAAGCUGAAAGGGACUUGUCUUUGUAUUCUACAGUAAAUGAAACAAAAGGUUGACAGCAGUAUUUGGUAUGGCUGCGAGUGGCAUGGUUAAAAUGGCAGUUAUCCCCAUGCACAUUUGUAUUUGUACCCGUAAAGGCUGUGCUGGAUAGAGCUGUACCAGCAACACUGAAGAGGGCAGUGUUAUAUAUGUUGUGCCUUCUUGAGAGAAACACGCAAAACAUGGCACAUAGCAGGAAAACGUGGACAGAGACAGACGCCACAGGGCUCCAUUUCUGACAAAUUUUUGUGGAAAAGCAUGCUUUUAAGUUUUAGCAGCCUCUUCUCACUCUCGGUGCUCGCUUUCGAAGCAUGAAGGUAGUGUCUUCAGUGACUGGUCAAAAGAGGUGGCACUUGCUGCUUCACCUUUCUGAUAAAAUUUGCUUUGAUUGUUUCCCGCAUCUUGGUGGCAUGCUGGAGCACUUGCAUGCAGCAAGCCGAGGUGUCUGAAAAUAACUUGUUCUUGGGCUAGUUGGUUGAUACUUUGUGAAGCCAUUGUAGCGCAAACAAAAACAAAUGCAGAGAACACAAGACCGGACAUCACAAGUGCUGCUGGGCUCUAUGAUAGCACCUUUGGUGUCUGUUCUUGCGUUAUUUCUGUUUUAUUUGCACUACAAUGGCUGCAAGCCGAGGUGCACAUCUGCAAGUGCGGCAUUGUAUGAAAAUGUGGCCGUCUGUAUAGUUCCUGUAUAGUGCUCGCAAGCUCGUUCGUACACUUGCUGGUGCUUCAGCCAACUGCUGGGCAGCCCGGCUGGUUGCUAGUUGGUUGUACGGCUGUGUUUGCUAGGUCAUGUGAAGGGUUACAUUGCAGUGUAGCUGCUUAGCACGGUCAUCAAUUCAGGCCUGCUGAAUCUAUAUGUUGUCCCACCAGGGCAAGAUGGUUGAAAGUUUGUUCCUUGUUACAAUAUUGGGAAGGGUCUUGAAGGUGUCCCAGGCCCACAAAGCAAACAUGCACUGCUGCUGCAAUGUUCCAGCGCUACAUUACAGCACUGUCUAAAAAUGUUAAGGCUUUCCAACCCAGACGAUUCCUGGGCUUACAAGGAAGUGUCGACAGGGCCAUUUAUCAUGUGUAUGGCGUAACCGUUCAAGCGUAUUUCUUUAAAGCUGGAUAAAAAUAGAGCAACAUACAGGUACCCCUGCUUGUAGAUCUUGUAAUAUGAUGAUGAUGUCAUGACAUAACUGUGCAGAAAAAGAAAGUGAAUAAUCACUGACAAAAAAUAAUGAAGUGAGAGUGCGUUCAAGGAGAUCAUUCUAAUGCUUGAAAGCAUGUAUUUUUUCUGCAGUAAAUCGGUUGGAUGUGGCACACCGUAAUGUACAUUUUUUUGUGUACAUUGAUUGCUGCAAUAGUUUCCACGUGUGAGUAUCAACAAGCCCAGCAGUUAGCCUUGAGAUAGGUUGUGUUUGUGUGCCAGUGCUGGUCCACUGUUCAUUCUUGUAGCAAUGUUUGCCAGCUGUUCAGAUGAGCAGUGCACACUUGAGGGUGGUAGUUGUGCCAUUGCAUUGUAGCUGCGUGGCAAUCUUGUUGCUGUAGAUAUAGCCUUGUUGCCCUGGAACUUCUUGCAGGUUCAUGUCGAGUGCCUGAACAAUGACAUAUUGCUAGCGGCUCAUUGUGUUUUUAGUAGCACUUUAAAUAAAAAUGAGUGUUGACAGUG